AUGUCUUUGAACGAGGUUUGGGAGGCAGCUUCUGCAAGCCCCUACACGCCCUACAUCGGCAAAGACAGCCAGUUCUCCAUUGGCUUCGGUCUGCUGCUUUCCGCCUUCAUCUUGACUGGUCUUUUCGGAUUGAAUCGCUCCUUUCUGAGCAUUGCAUCAUUCGGUAUCCCAGCAUCCUUAGCAUUUGGCUUUGGAGCCGUGUAUAUGAUCUGUGCCGUUGGGGUCUACGUUUAA